AUGAUCCUCAGCAAUUCCAGCCAGCCCAACAGCGGUCAAGUUCGCUUCACAUCAGUCGACAUGCGUCCUGCCUUCAUCCUCCUUGCCCUCGCCGCCUUUGUUGCUGCCAGCCCCCUCCAGGCUGCGACUGGCACCGGCAUUGUCGCUCGCUCCGUCGAUAACACCGAUGCCGUCGCUGUGGAGGCUUACUACGACUGGCUUCAGACGCAGGACGAGGCUAGCGUGGAGGAAACUCCUGCCUUCUUCAAGAGCGCCCUCGCCGCCGUGAAGAACGCCGCCAUCACCCAUGGCAAGGCCGCACUCUCCAGUGUCGUCGCCUCCGGGUGCGAUAAAGUACAGGAGAAGCUGGCAGCUCGCACUUCCGAGCUCGCUGAUGAUAUCGUCGAACAAGCCUAUCAAGAUUGGCUUGAUUCGAUUGAUGGCACCACCAUCUACGCCACCCCAGAGUUCUUCAAGAGCGCACUCGCUGCCGUGAAGACCGCUGUAGUCGCCCACGGCAAAGCCGCAGUCGCCGACCUCGCAGCACAGGGUUGUGAGCACGUCCAGUCGAAAAUUGCUGGCGCAGGUGCCCCUGCUGAGGAGCCGGCGGCUUAA